AUGGCUAUUCAAAACCCUGAACCACCACCCUUCAAUGAAACAAAAGAUGAUGGGAUGGAAGAUUUCUCUUACAUACAUUUUACGGUUGUUGCCUGUUGUAUUUUUCUGCUCUGUGUCAUUGGAAUGUUGGGAAAUGGAAUCACUUUCUGGUUCCUUUGUUUCAGAAUUCCAAAGAACAAAUGCAUAGUUUAUAUAGUCAAUCUCAAUAUUGCUGAUUUCAUGUACCUCCUAUUUAAUGCAAUUCUUUCAUUACUCCAUAUAAAUCAUUUUGUUGGUUUUCGUCCAGAGUUUUCUGGUGAGGAUGAAAUUAUUAUUUGUUUAGAGAUAUUCUAUGAUUGUGCUUACCAGGCCGGUAUGCUCUUUUUGCUAGCAAUAAGCAUAGAGAGAUGUCUGUCUGUAUUGUAUCCAAUCUGGUAUCAUUGUCGCCGCCCAAAGUACCAAUCAGAAUUUGUUUGCUUAACUCUCUGGCUUCUUGCAACGUUUGUCAGUUUACUUGAAAAUCUUAUCUGCUCCCCAGAAAUUUUCCCAGUUGGACCAGCAAAAUGCAUAGGAGUUCAAACCAUGAGCUUUAUCUUAUAUGUUUGCAUUUCUCUGCCAUUGAUGCUCCUAUCUAGCUGCAUUUUACUUAUCAAAGUCCGAAAAAUGUCAAAAAAUUGCCGUCCGCCCAAGCUCUACAUUAUCAUUUUGAUUACUGUGUUUGUAUUCCUCAUAGCCACCAUUCCUGUCAAGUUUAUGUGGCUAAUGUUUUAUCUGAAACAUUUGCCAAUCGGUUUCCACUCAAGAGGGUUCUUUUAUGCCAGCAUUUUCUGCACAGUCUUCAGUAGUAGUAUCAAUCCUUAUAUCUACUUCCUGGUCGGGAGACAAAAAAACCAAAGAUUGCUUAGCUCAAUUCAUAAUAGCAUGUGUUUCAUGUGGAGGAGGAAGGGGUGCUUGAUAAAUCAAGUAAUUCAGCAGAUGCUCAUUCGUAGCCAGCUCUAAAUCACUACUGUCCAAGUAGGGGCCGGUCAGUAAUGAUGGGAUUGACUGGGGGCCACAUUGCAUUAUACUCACACUUGUGCAAAUC